CUUCGUCGUUCCCCAACUGACCUCGCCCUCUCAUGGCGUCCCUCUCGCCCAAGUCGGAGCGCCGGUCGAGCGUUCUACUUGGUCGAAGAACGUCUGCCAGCCAUCGAAGAGGAGCAGCUUCGAUAGCGGCUCCAUCGAAUCAAGGCGGAACCCUCCAAUCUCUCAUCAGGCAGGCGGCCGCCAGUCACCUCGAUGACGAUUCCACCGUCCAAGACAGCAAGGCCCUCAUUGCCCAAACGCUCGCAGACCUGGACAAUCCGGCAUCCUCAGCAUCAGCAUUCCUUGCCUCUCUCACAACGCAAACGCUCAAGAGCCUUGAAUCUCAGCCGCAAUUUCUAGCUUCAACAUCAAAGACAUUAGACGACCAGCUUUCAGCCCUUUGCCAGCGACAUGUUGGCCCCCUUUCUCACGUCCAUCAAUCAAAUUCUGCCCUUCCAGCGGCAGUUGAGUCGGUGCAGGGCGAUAUUCGCGGCCUGGUAGAUACGAACCUCCCUCAGCUGGCAAUAGUGGCCCGCAACUUUCCCUCCCUUACCCGCGAACCGCUCGCAGCGAGGGAGAGGGCCAAUGAGCUCCUCGAAGCACAUGCCUCCAAUCUGCCCGAUUUGCUGGAUAUUCCUGACCUCAUCACCACCUGCAUACGAAAUGGAAACCAUCGCGAGGCUAUCGAGCUCGCGGCUUACAUAGCCAAGCUGGCCAGACCGGACUCCCCGCUGGGUGGGGGCCCCAUCUUGCAGUCGUUGAGGGCACGAAGCUGGGUUAGCUUACAAGAGCUGAGAGACCAGCUCUUGGAAGGGCUGCAGAGUCGAAACUUGGCAUUAAGCGCGGCGAGACGGUGCAUGACAAGCUUGCGCGGUCUCAAGGAACUGGACGAGGCGCCGGGUGUGGGUCACGCCUCCUCGAGCAAGCCCACCCCGCAGCAUCAGCAGCUUGCCCUUACCGAGCCACAGCUCUGCCUCGCAUUUCUCCGGGCACGGGCUACCCUACUCCGAUCUCUCCUCUCCGCCCCUCACUCCUUCAGCAAGUCUAUCUCCACCUCGCACAACCCAGCGACGGCCCACCUUUCAGCCUACAUCGACGUCUGGCGACAAGGGGUCUCUGAUACCUGCGCGAUGGCCCAGUCUCUCUUUCCUGACUUGAACGAGAUGCCGCAGCUUCUCUCCCCGUUUCUCAGGCGGCACACGAGGAUGCUGGAGGGAGAGGUGGGAAGGGCGGUCUACAAGCUUGUGGGGCAGGUCAGGGAGGGAGCGAGUUCAGGAACGUCAACGCGGGAAGUCACACGCUUGACGGACGAUUUGGUCUCAAGUCUCAUGGCGCUCCACUCUCAGCUCUCCUACGCGGCUGCGGCUCUCGCCAGACUCGGAGGGGAUGUGGCGCCUCUUUUGGCUCUGACGGCGGGCAAGGCAUUGCAGGAAGCAGCAUUGGAGAUCGUGCGGGUUCCAGCGCAAAGGGCAAGCCGUAAUUUUGUCGAGUGCAUCCCGUCUGCGCCGGGUCAGGCACCCUCAAGCUGGCUGACCCAAAUCAGAGAUGUGGGCAAGCUCAGCGCAAGCGACGCACUCAGCAUGGAGACGGUCCCGUACUUCGCCUCCCUCGCAAGGCUAUUCAAUGAUGUUCUCAUUGGGCUGAACUGCUUACGGUCCUUCGCCCCCGUUGAGAUCAGACGGGAUGCAAUGCAAGCGCUGGACCAUGCUCUACUCGAAACGAUCACGCAGCUCGGGCACUACUGCGCCAGGUUGCCUGAGCAGCUCUGGGAGGAGAAGGAUAGCAAUCGCCUUGUAUUGCCCACUCUCACUAGGUCUGAGCAAGAUGCGGAAAACGACGAGGAGGACCGCCAAGAAGUUGAUUUUGUCGCUAGCUCGGCACAUCGCCAUACACAAGCGGAGCGCCUCCUUGCCGCCUCUGCACUCGAGCUUCUCCUCGACUUCGUGGCCCCAGCAUUGCGCAGCGCUCUCUGGCGGGACGUUUUUGGCUGCUCGGAGUCGUCACUACCGCUUCUGGGCGCCCAGGACAAGAGACAGGAGGAGCACAUCACCUCUGCAAGGCAGUGGGCCUCUGAGGCUCAUUCGGCGUGGGAUGAGGGUGAGGAGGCCAGGAGGGUUGAGCUGCAGGAGCACAGAAGACGUAGAAUUGAAGAGAAGGCGGAGAGGGAGAAGGCGGCCGCACAAAGACGGGCCCAAGAGGCAGAGGCGGCGGCUGCGGCCGCGGCGGAGGAGCAGAGAAGAAAGGAGGCCGAAGAGGAGGCAGAACGCACUAGAAAACAGGCUGCUGCGGAGGAGGAAGAGCGGCGGAGAAAAGCAGCGGCGGCGGAGGCGGAAGCGGAAGAGGCUCGACGGCGCGCUGAAGCUGAGGCUGCUGCAAAGAGAAAGAGGGACGACGAGGAGGCAAAGAGAAAAGAAGAGCAGGAGCGCGCUAGGAUGGCUAGAGCUGAGGCUGAGGCGGCUGCCGCGGCUGCUGCUGCUGAGGCGAAGAGGAAGGCAGAGGAGGAGGCUGCCCGGGCCAAGGCCGCCGCUGAGAAGGAAGCGCAAACAAAGAAGGACCGAGAGGAGGAAGAGUCUAGAGCUAAGGCAGCAGCCGAAGCCAAAGUCAAGGAGGAGCAAGAGAUCAAUGCCAAGGCGCAGGUGGAGCAAGAAGCUCGAGCCAGGGAACAGGAAGCUCGAAAGAGGGUAGAGGCUGACGCAAAAGCCGAGGGAGAGACAGAUACCAAAGCUCAAUCAGCGGCAAACAGCGCUCCUCACACUGCUCCAGAAUCCUCUGCAUCCACCGUUCAUCUGACGGCCGCCACUCCUUCGCCCUCUACUGCCGCUCAAGAGCUCCCAGCAAAUCCAACAGCUGCGACCGGUCCGCCGAAGAAGUUGACGCUGGCAGAGAAGCUAAAGGCCAAACGUGAGGAGAGGGAAAGACAGGCCGUCGCAGCCGCAGCCGCAAAUCCGGCGGCGCCCGCGCCCUCAGGAGCGACGAAGGAAGAAGACACUUCGGCCGCGACGACUGCAGAGCCAUCAGUACCAUCAGUAGAUGAAGUUGCGUCUGCGCCCAUCGCGUCGACUGCUGAGUCUGGUACCCAAGACGAGCCUGCUGAAAGCCAAGACAGCAAACCUUCAAUUCCUGCCGCUGUCGUGGAAGAAGCGAAGGACGCAGCAGAAGCAUCGUCACUCGAUGACCAUGAAUCAGCCAUCCAAGCUGCACCGCCAUCGAGCUCGACCAUGGCUAAUGUCGAUGGCAGUAACUCCGUCAGCGCAGAAGCAAGCGCGCGCAACAGCGGCGAAGAGUCUGAAGGGGAGGCAGCGGACGCAUCGGGAGGGGGGGUAGGCAAUGGUGAGACCGCCCAGGGUGAUGAUGCGAAGAGCGUCUCGCAGAAGAAGAAGAAAAAGAAGAAGGGAAAAAAGAAGUAAAGUAGAAUGGCUCGAGGUAAUGCAAUGUCGAGCAAGAUCAUGCGCUCAUGACUCCCAGGAACACGACCAACUUGCGGUGCGGCCUUUCAUUGCUGCGUGAGGGCAAUCAGUGCGCGCUCUUCACCGGGCUCUGCAUCGCCUCUAUCUUAUUCGAAUUGUUCAGCCAUGUUAUCCUCUUCUUCACCUUGCUCUCCAUCCUCUCAAUUUCUUCGCUCCGAGUAGUGUAGAGUGGAUAAUGCCUGCCCUCACGCGGGCGUCUCAGCAUCGCCAAUGCGAGGACGCCGCCCAUUCGCAGGCGAUGCCCACUUUUACCACCAGCAACAAGCCGAACAAAGGUGCCACUAUGAUCGUACGAGGCAAUCAGGUGAGCAGUCGGGCUCCUUUUGAGCAUUUCUCGCUACGCGCGUGACCUCACCACC